UAAAAAUCAAAUUCACUCCGCAUCCGUUCAUUCUGGUCCGGCGCUUCCCUCUCGCUCUCUUCCGUUGCCAGAUCUUUCUCUGUGUUUCUCAAGCUGAGUAGCAAUGGCCGAUGUGGUGGCUCAACCGAUUAUUGAAAGUGAGACGAUUCACAGUGAAGUGAAGCUGUUCAAUCGGUGGUCCUUUGAUGAUGUUCAAGUCAAUGAUAUAUCUGUGACAGAUUACAUUGCUGUGAAUCCUGGAAGGCAUGCAACUUAUGUGCCCCACACUGCUGGAAGGUAUUCAGUCAAGCGUUUUCGGAAAGCACAAUGCCCCAUUGUUGAGAGACUAACGAACUCACUGAUGAUGCAUGGCCGUAACAAUGGCAAGAAGCUCAUGGCAGUCCGAAUAGUCAAGCAUGCUAUGGAAAUUAUCAAUCUGCUGACUGACCAAAAUCCAAUCCAGGUCCUUGUUGAUGCAGUGAUCAACAGUGGACCAAGGGAAGAUGCCACUAGAAUUGGUUCAGCUGGGGUCGUGAGGCGUCAAGCGGUGGAUAUUUCCCCGCUGCGGCGUGUUAACCAGGCAAUCUAUCUGCUUACAACCGGUGCUCGAGAGAGUGCUUUCAGAAACAUAAAGACCAUAGCUGAAUGUCUUGCUGAUGAACUGAUUAAUGCGGCCAAAGGAUCUUCCAACAGCUAUGCUAUUAAGAAGAAAGAUGAGAUUGAGAGGGUUGCCAAGGCCAACCGUUGAUUGGCUGAUGUUAUAACAAGGGUUUUGCAAGUGGUAGUUUUGUCGUCUGUUUUUGCAAUGCCCGUCAUCCCUGGGAUCUUCACUGGUACACAUCUUCUGCCAUUGCAGAUAAAAGUAAUAACAAUUAGAACAAUUUCUUGAGGAGCGAACAGAUUUAUAUAUAGGAGUGAGUUUGUUUUGUUUAAUUGUUUCAGUCGGUGUUGAACUCAAUAAAGGAAACCAAGUCGCAGCGCCAGGUCGAGGUUUAUAAAUGUUCCAACUUAUUAAUUGAAAAGAACAGGCCGGGGGUCAAAAAUCUUUAUUUCCUAUUGAAGAGACGCCCUUUCGCUUGAAAGGUUUGAUUUUCG